AGAAGUCGUUUAACCAUGGCCUCAGUUCCGACUCAGAGAGACGAGAAGGAAAAGAAGAAUGAUGAGCUGGCUACGGCUAUCUUGAAAGACAAAAAACGCCCAAACAGACUCAUUAUCGAUCAGUCUGACAAUGACGACAACUCCAUGGUCAUGCUCUCACAGGCCAAAAUGGACGAGCUGGGACUCUUCCGUGGAGAUUCGGUGAUUUUGAAAGGAAAGAAACGAAGAGAGACUGUCUCUAUCGUUCUUAAUGCGGACAAUUGCCCGAAUGACAAGAUCAAGAUGAACAAAGUGGUUCGAAACAACCUCAGAAGCCGUCUUGGAGACGUUGUCAGUAUCUCAAGUGCUCAACUCGAAUAUGGAAAAAGGGUUCAUGUUCUUCCAAUUGAUGACACAAUCGAGGGAUUGACUGGAAAUCUAUUUGAUGUCUUCCUUCGGCCAUACUUUACCGACGCCUACCGCCCAGUGCACAAGGGAGACAUAUUCACUGUUCAAGCUGCAAUGAGAACUGUCGAGUUCAAAGUUGUCGAGACGGAUCCUGCUCCGGCGUGUAUUGUUGCUCCAGAUACUGUUAUUCACUAUGAAGGAGAUCCAAUUAAAAGAGAGGAAGAAGAGGAGGCUCUCAAUGAAGUUGGAUACGAUGAUCUCGGAGGUGUUCGUAAACAACUCGCUCAGAUCAAGGAAAUGGUUGAGCUCCCACUUCGCCAUCCCCAACUUUUCAAGGCUAUCGGAGUGAAACCACCACGUGGAAUUCUUCUGUUCGGUCCACCAGGAACCGGUAAGACACUGAUCGCAAGAGCUGUCGCCAACGAAACAGGAGCAUUCUUCUUCCUCAUUAACGGACCGGAAAUUAUGUCUAAAAUGUCUGGAGAGUCGGAAUCGAAUCUUCGUAAAGCAUUUGCCGAGUGUGAGAAGAACUCACCUGCUAUUUUGUUCAUUGACGAGAUCGAUGCGAUUGCUCCAAAGAGAGAAAAGGCUCACGGUGAAGUCGAGAAGCGUAUCGUCUCGCAACUUCUCACACUUAUGGAUGGACUUAAAACUCGCGCUCAUGUUGUCGUGAUCGCCGCUACUAAUCGUCCUAACUCUAUUGAUGGAGCCCUUCGUCGUUUCGGUCGCUUUGAUCGUGAAAUUGACAUUGGAAUCCCUGAUGCUGUUGGCCGUCUGGAAAUUCUCAGAAUUCAUACCAAGAACAUGAAAUUAGGAGAAGACGUUGAUUUGGAACAAGUUGCAAACGAAUGCCACGGAUUUGUCGGAGCUGAUUUGGCUUCCCUCUGCUCUGAGGCUGCUAUUCAGCAAAUUCGCGAAAAGAUGGAGCUGAUUGAUUUGGAGGAUGAUACAAUUGAUGCUGAAGUUCUCAAUUCUUUGGCGGUCACUAUGGAGAACUUUAGAUUCGCAAUGGGAAAAUCAUCCCCAUCUGCUCUUCGCGAAGCCGUUGUGGAAACUCCAAAUACUACUUGGUCCGACAUCGGAGGUCUUCAAAACGUCAAGCGCGAACUUCAGGAGCUCGUUCAAUACCCUGUAGAGCAUCCAGAAAAGUAUCUCAAGUUCGGAAUGCAACCAUCUCGUGGAGUUUUGUUCUACGGUCCACCAGGAUGCGGUAAAACACUUCUCGCUAAAGCGAUUGCCAAUGAAUGCCAGGCUAACUUCAUUUCCAUCAAGGGACCCGAGCUUCUUACUAUGUGGUUCGGAGAAUCCGAAGCUAAUGUUCGCGACGUGUUUGAUAAAGCUCGUGCUGCCGCUCCAUGCGUUCUCUUCUUUGACGAACUCGAUUCGAUCGCAAAGGCCAGAGGAGGAAGUGUAGGAGAUGCUGGAGGUGCUGCCGAUCGUGUUAUCAACCAGGUUCUCACUGAAAUGGAUGGUAUGAAUGCCAAGAAAAACGUGUUCAUUAUUGGAGCUACCAAUCGUCCUGAUAUCAUUGAUCCAGCUGUUCUUCGUCCAGGACGUCUCGAUCAGUUGAUCUACAUUCCUCUUCCUGACGAAGCAUCUAGACUUCAAAUUUUCAAGGCCUCACUCCGCAAAACGCCCCUUUCCGCCGAUCUCGAUUUGAACUUCCUUGCCAAGAACACCGUCGGUUUUUCGGGAGCCGACUUAACCGAAAUUUGCCAAAGAGCAUGCAAGCUUGCCAUUCGUGAAUCAAUUGAACGGGAAAUUCGUCAGGAAAAGGAGCGUCAGGACAGAAGUGCUCGUGGAGAAGAACUUAUGGAGGAUGAACUGGCUGACCCAGUUCCAGAAAUAACUAGAGCACACUUCGAGGAGGCAAUGAAGUUCGCUAGACGUUCCGUGACUGAUAACGAUAUCAGAAAAUACGAGAUGUUCGCCCAGACUCUUCAACAAUCUCGUGGAUUUGGAAACAACUUCAAGUUCCCAGGAGAAGCUCCUUCUGCUGGACAACCUGUUGGAGGAAACGGUGGCUCCGGUGGAAAUGACGAUGAUGACCUGUACAACUAGAUUUCGCUAAAAUUGUUUUAUUCUAUUUAUUGUAAAUGCAUCCUUGCGAGGGUAUCAAAUGUUCUCAUGAAUGUUAAAUUUA